AUGGUCUAUAAGGCCGCCAAGAACAUCUCGCCUCUCGGGAAGGCACCUCGCCGCCCUUUCGAGUUGCCUGACCUGGAUUGCCUGAUCCCUCUUCUGGAAGCUUCGGAGCCUGAAGACCUCGCUGUCAUCGCGUGUGCCGCCAUCUUGUUCUAUGGUAUGGCAAGGAUCGGCGAACUUACCGUCUCCUCGCCUGUGGAUCCGUCUCAUCCACCAAUCACGCCGUCAACCGUCAGGAUGUUUCCCUCGAUCCCUGCUCUCCGUGCGGGACCUCGAAUCGAGCUUCACCUACCGUUCGACAAAGUACAACGUCAUCAAGGUGACUUCAUCACCAUCGUACCGCAAUCGGGGAAAGGUCCCUGUCCCUAUAACCUGCUUUCGUUGCACUUGCAGACGAACCCUCCGCAAGAUCAACCGCUUUUCUCCUACCAAUCUAAGGGACGAUGGGUUCCUUUAACUCGAUCCCGGUUCCUCUCGCGAGUGAAUCAGACCUUGAAGGCAGCGGAUCGUCCGCCGGUAUCCGGUCACUCCUUCCGUAUUGGUGGCGCUACCCAUUACCUUCUCGAGGGAAUCCCACCGGAAACAGUGAAAGUUAUUGGUCGCUGGAAGAGUACCUCAUUUGAACGGUACUGGCGCCAGGUCAAUCUCAUCGCGGCCCGCGCAAUGUCAGGCGAUGUUGCUUGGCCUAGCUCACCGGGAGGUGCACCUUCUGUUCAGGGCUACGGUCAAUCAGAAGAGUUUGAGAUGGCGUUUGACGAGCUCGCAAGUGCGGAGGGUGAUUUGUGA